UAGCUAUGCCUGGUUGCUAUGGAGACGCGCGCGUGCGCAGGGUGAAGGGAAGAGUCAGGGGGAGGUUGGCGACCAUUUUGUUGAGCAACCUGACAGGAUUUUCUACUGUUUCCUAGUAGCUGUUGGUGGGGGGUGUGAGGCUGAAGGCUGGCUGUCCAGUGAGGAGGAGGAGGAGGAUUGUAUUGCAAGCAAGAUGAGCAGGAACAAUUGAAAGACAUGGACCUGCACAGGGGCAUCAUGAUGGAAAACCAGACACCCCGUACCUCACCUGAUGGAUCCAGUGAUGGGAACCCACCAAAGAGAUGUCCCCGUCCUCUGUAUUCCCGGGACUUGAAACUGGAAAAUAACAAGAUUCCAGAGGAUGAUCAGGAUCAAGAGCUUAUUGUCAUUAAAGUGGAAAAUGAAGAGCCAUAUUUGAUGGGAGAUGAGCGGUGUAAGGAGGAGGAAACCCCUUCAGAGAUCAAUACAGACCCCGGAGAGAUUCAGAGGGACAUUAAAGCUGAGGAGGAGGAAGAAGGACCUGUGAAGGUUAAAGAGGAGAACAUUUCUACUGAGAUUAACACAGACCCCGGAGACACCAGAGAAACCCAGAGAGAUAUCAAAGCUGAGGAGGAGGAAAGAGGAUAUCUGGAGAUUAAAGAGGAGGAAGUUCACAUAGAGAUCAGCACAAAUGGAAGAUACAGAAGAUAUAACAUGGAAGAACAUCUUGUUAACUUCCCAGAUGGUGAUUUACAAGAUGACGACAUUACAUCAGUUUCUUCAGGAGAAAACCUAAUUUUCCCAAAUCAACUUUCAGUAUCUGAAAGGAACUUGCCAGGUGACUUACCCAAUGAGAUUCCACAAUCUUUUGCGCAGAAAGAAAAACGUAUUUCACAGCAGACAGGUCAAAAAGUGGUUAAACCAUAUUCAUGUUCACAAUGUGGGAAAUGUUUUUCCCAAAGAGGUUAUCUCAUCUCCCAUCAGAUCAGUCAUACCGGAGAGAAGCCAUUUUCCUGUACGGAAUGUGGGAAAUGUUUUACCUUCAGAUCCAGCCUGUUUGUACAUCAGAGAACUCACAAAGGAGUGAAACCUUAUUCCUGUCCGGAAUGUGGGAAAUGUUUCACUCGGAGAUCUGGUCUUAUCGAACAUCAGAGAAUUCACAGCGGUGAAAAGCCAUAUUCAUGCUCUGAAUGUGGGAAAUGUUUUUCUCAGAAGCAACACCUUAUUGCGCACCGGAGAACCCACUCGGCCGAGAAACCCUUUUCGUGUUUGGAAUGCGGGAAAUGUUUUUCGCACAGGUCGCGUCUGAUCUCUCACCAGGCCACUCAUACGGGGGAGAAGCCGUAUUCAUGUGUGGAAUGUGGAAAAUGUUUUUCUUUUAAGCAUCUACUUCUUCUUCACCAGAGAGCUCAUGCGGGAGAGAAGCCGUUCUCCUGUUCGGAGUGUGGAAAAUCCUUUUCUCAAAAAGGAGAUCUUACCUACCAUCAAAUGAUUCAUACGGGGGAGAAGCCUUAUUCGUGCUCAGAAUGUGGAAAAUGUUUUGCUAAAAGGUCCCAUCUUGCUAGUCACCAGAGAACUCACACUGGGGUGAAGCCAUUUUCAUGUUCGGAGUGUGGGAAAUGUUUUGCUAAAAGGUCCUAUCUCACCGUACAUGAGACAACUCACACAGGGGUGAAGCCAUUCUCCUGUUCUGUAUGUGGCGAAAGUUUCUUUUUAAAUUCAUCUCUUACUAGACAUGAAAGAAUUCAUUCGGGGGUUAAGCCACACGCAUGUUCAGAAUGCGGGAAAUGUUUUACGGAAAGAUCUAGUCUUAUUGUUCAUCAGCGAACUCACACAGACGUGAAGCCGUAUUCGUGCUCCGAUUGCGGGAAACGCUUCACUCGGAAAACCGGUCUGAUCGAACAUCAAAGAACUCACAGCGGCGAGAAGCCGUAUUCGUGUUCCGAAUGUCGAAAAUGCUUUGCUACCAGAUCGUAUCUUACUAAACAUGAAAAAGCUCACUCGGGGGUGAAGCCAUUUUCCUGCUCGGAGUGCGGUAAAAGUUUUCACUUUAAAGCAGAUCUUAACAAACACAAAAAAGUUCAUACGGGGGAACUCAAAAAAUCCCAAAACAUUCACAGAGGGGAAGUUGCUCAUCUGAAACCUUGCUGCAUCUCAAAUGGUUCACACAGGUGUGUUCCUGACUUGGUGAUCUGAGCGGGGGGAAAGGUUUUACGAAGAGAUCAAGUUUGACUGCACUUUAUCAAGUCCUCACUGGAACUAAGGCUCGGUUCACACUGUUGCAACCCCAAAGCCCUGUAACUUCAACAUGACUUCAGUGCGACUUUGAUGUUUUGCAACUUUGGCUUAGGCCAAUCGUAACAAUGCAAGAGAUCUAAAUGGCGCUGGAGGAGUUAAAGCAGAGGUUCACCCUCAAAAUGAACUUUCCAGCAUCCUUAAAGCGGAAGUAAACCCAUCAAUUUAACAGU